AUGGCGACUUUAUUGAAGAGGAGAGCUUCGGUGUCGCCAAGCGCAAACCAAGCAGGUGAACGGAAGAAGAAGGACGCUGCUACCGGCGGCCGCUUCUUCCUCCCCAAAUCUCUCUUACCAAUUGUCUCCAGUCCGUCUGCAUCAAAGCUGCCAGUCAUUAAUAACCAUGAGCGGUUCCUCUCUGUGGAGUCCUUCCUGCCCAAUCGUUCUUCUGGGCCGUACGUUCACCGCACCAGGAAACCCACUUUGAAGCAGCGCAUUGCAUUGACAGUGGACUCUCAUGUCUUUGGACGGCUUUGGGAAAUGUUCGACGCGAUACUUUCGUUGGCGUUUGCAUGUCUGUAUAUCUACAAUACUCGGUUCGCACGAAAGGAGUCCACGCCACAGGCUCUUCCUGAGCCUUGCAAACGGAUUGACCGGGCCCUCGCUGUUCUUAUCUUUUUGCAGUUCUUGCCGCGAAUCUGGAUAGCUGAAAAUCGGCCGCGGUUUUCAGCCAGUGUGUGGGCUUAUGGUACCUGGGUCUCUUGCUUCUCGGUGCUCGUCUCAUGGGUCGUCGACGAAACGGAGUCUAUCGGGGGUGUCUUCUUGCCAGAUAUUGACACGACGUACAUGAGUGCCGGGAGCUUGAUCUUCCUGUAUCCCUUCCGAUUCGUGAGGCUUCAUGAGUCCCUCAGUCAUCUCUACAAGCCAUUGGGGAAAGAUACGGUGUUACCUCACAUGAGCUUGAUCGUACGAAAGGCGGUUCAGUUGGCUACUACAAUCCUCCUGACGCUGUCUUUCUUGGCUUCGUACCUCCACCUCGUCACUUACAAGCAGGCUGUCCACGCGCACAAGGACCCUAAGCUCACCUUCUUUGACGCUUUCUUCUUCACGGCAGUGGGCUCUAUCACCUCUAUGAACCUCAAUGCUGGGGUACCCGACACGGUUUUCUCCCGCAUCAUCGUUCUUCUGGUGAUCCUCGGAGGUGCCCUGUUCAUGCCAACGCGGAUCUCCUCUCUGGUCACGCUUAUCAAAUCCAAAAGCAAGUACGAGCAUUCGUUCAAGAACCCAGACACGUUACCUCAUGUAUUGGUAACGGGCGAGUUCCGUACGCUGCAGCUAAUCGAGUUUCUUCGGGAAUUCUUCAGCAUGGAUCACGGUCACGAAUCCAUUCGCACGCGCGUGGUAAUCCUCCACCCCGCGGAACCUGAUGAAGAACUCAAACUCGUUCUUGCACAACCAAUGUACUCUCAACGCGUAACCUACGUCAAAGGCUCUGCUGUCUCCUUUCGCUCUCUCCAGAAAGUCAAAGCAGCCUCUGCGUCCGCCGCAUUCCUCCUCGCCCAUCAUUCUGAACCAGAAUCGGAUGACCUGGAUGAAAUGGACGCGCAACAGAUGAUGGCGGCUUUGAGUUUGAAGAAGUAUAAUCGGCACAUGAGACUUUAUGCGCAGAUUUUGAAGGCGGAGAAUGCGAGUCACUUUGAGUAUUUGGCCAAUGAGGUCGUGUGUACGCCGGAGUUGGUGAUGGGGCUGUUGGCACAGAGUAUCUUGGUGCCAGGUUUGUCGAGUCUUCUCAUUUUACUAGCCACGAGCAUAGCGACUGGUACAGCAGAAGACCUCCUCAGGCGAGCUCGAGAAAGCCAUCUCGACUUUAUGGAGGAGUAUAUUGCUGGCGCCUCUUGUGAAACGUACAUCACGACUUUCUCGGAACAUCUUGUUGGCUGUACAUUCUCUGAGGCCGCAGAAGUCUUGUUUGCUGCUCAUGGCAUACUCCUCGUAGGCCUUGCAGUUCAGCACGAGCCGAAAGAUUCGGCGCGUGUUGAGGGUCACGCACACUUCGAGGUCCUUCUCAACCCUGCGAAGCGCAUCAUCAGUGGAUCUGAACAUGUUUUCGUCAUUGCAGGAGAUGCUGAGGCAGCGGAUCUGGUUGCCACGUUCGGUAUGGCCGAUGGUGGGCUUGACAUCUCCGAGGUGUUCGGUAAUCAAGCGAGUGAGGCCAGUGGACCUUCGCGUUUCGUGCCAGCUGAUUUGCCUGGGACACAGAAAAGCGCAGCUAUGGCGAAGACGACUAGGAUUCUUCCUCGAGGUCCAGGAGCGGGGAAGACCAUGGCAAGUAAGAGUAAGCUAUCUUUCUUCAGGAAGGCGCAAACCUUCGAUAUGCCCGUAGACGAACAGACGCCGCUGCUGGAGGGGAACGUCUCAACUUCGCCACCCAACGGCAGUGAUGGACGACCGAGAGUACAGCGGAUCUCCAGUGAUGGGGGACCGCACAUGCUCAUCCCUCAAGACGCUGAGCUCCACCGGACACCCCCACAGAAGCCACUGCCCCUGAAGGGUAACGAUAUCUUCUCGACAAAGUUCGAAGACCAUAUCCUUGUUUGUGACUGCUCGCACCCAUCGACGACGACGCUCAAUGCCUUUGUCUCGACCAUCCGUCAAAGUCUUGAUCCGAAAGAACGAGGACGGUACAUCGUGAUUCUCGGGCCCAAUGUUAUUCUUGCCGAGGUUCUGAAUGAAUGGACGGACGUCAUGUACGUUUCGGGCAGUGGGACCAGUCGGCGUGAUCUGGAGUUGUGCAACGUGAGAAAGGCGGCAAAGAUUGUGGUGUUAGGUCCACUCGAGGAGCAGUCGAACUCCAGAACAGCGGAUGCUAUGACGCUCUUGACCGCGUUAAACAUCGAGUCCAUGAAUGAACGUGAAGAGGUACUCAUUGUCAUAGCUUGCUCACAGCGUGAGACGUUCAAACUGAUCGGAGAGUCCGAAACCUUUGGGUUUCCUGAGGCCGAUUGGGUUCAAGCCCUCGUAAGGCCCAGUUUCAUGAGCGGGCAUGUCAUUUCCGGAUCACAAAUUCAGCCUCUGAUUUCCCAAUGCUUCCACAAUCGUCAUGUUCUUUAUCUGUUCAAACUUUUCCUUGGUAUUGCUCCGCUGGCGGAACAAGUCAAUGGAGCUGCUCCGAUCACCAGCAGUCCAAUCAUGGAGAAAUACAUCGGACGAGAAUAUGGAGCUCUUGUUCGUUAUCUCUUUCGGCAAAGCAAGGUUCCAAUCGGCUUAUACCGGACCACUGCGCAUCGCGGCGCUGCUCUUCCGUACGUGGUCGUCAAUCCGGAGGCAGCAACGGUUCUUAAGAAGACUGAUGUGGUGUAUAUCAUGGGGGAAAGUCACUAGAGAGUUGCACGUAUCAAUGCAGUUUUUAAUUCUUGCCAGU